CUUUCAGCAUGGAGGGAGAAGAAGAACCUGUGCUGUCUACUCCGGAUGUUCAGGUGGUGGACCCGGAUGUCCGCGCCCAUGUCUACAGUCUUGUCACUGCCCUGGGUGGAUUCAACGGAGAGGAUGCCGACAAGUAUAUGCUGGGCGAUGACGCCUUAGCCUGCCUCCGAGAUAUCAAACGCUGGCUGAAGCUGUACGAUGAAAAACACAACCGCAUGGAUGUUGCACGAUGUCUGGGAGAAGCCAAUCUCAUCAACGGUGACCUCUUGCCGAUCCUGUCGGUUUGGGCCACCAGCGGGAAACAGACCAAGUAUAUGUCCAGGAUUGCCUUGGCGUGCUUAGAACUGCUUGUCCCCUUGACGUGGCCCUUGGAGAUCCACGGUGAGAUGACCUUCAAUCAUCAUCGCCAUAUCCCAUACCUCCAACAUGUCCACGUCGCCUACAAGCGAGGCCUCCUUAGCCAUGCUGGCACGAGCUAUCUUCGGACCAUCAUUCGCAUUGGCCUUCCGAGCAUGGCCGUCACUCGAUCCGAACGGACAACCCGAGACGAAGGAAUCCUCAAGCUGCUGCUUUAUCUACUUCGGAACCUGGCCCUGAUCACCCCAAAUACUCGGCUUGCGGCGGAAGGCGACGAGGAAGAAACAUCGAGAUCCGCCACCAUCAAUGCAUUCCAGGACCAAGAUGUGUUUGCUCUUCUCCUUACCAUGUGUUCCAAUGUCGGUGAUGACUUCAGCAUGCAAGAUGUGACUCUCCUGGAGAUCCUCUUCCACUUGAUUAGGGGAGUCAACGUCGAGAAGCUUUUCAUGGACGAUGCUCAGCGGACAGCCAAGCGGACAGAUGAGCUUGGCGACCUGCUACAACAAGAGUCGUCUAUACGGAGAGAGUACGCGAAGAACGCACCAACACGGCAUGGUCGGUUCGGAACAAUGAUAUGGGUCAAGCGCGAUGACGCCAAGUAUUCUACGGUGUCUGGACAGAACGUCCUCAAAGACAGCCAGGCGACCCUCCAGAAGAUGGAUGAAAGCAAAAAGUGGAACAAACCUCAGUUUCGCCGGAAGCCGCAAGACUUGACCGUGCACAACGACUUCAGCACUCCGGCUCAUCUUAACUCAACGGCUUCGUCCAACUUGCGGAUGUUUGUGGAAGAGUUUUUGGACUCGGGAUUCAACCCUCUUCUCACCCAUGUACGGAAGGCCAUUGAACGUGAAGCGGACCGUGUUGUGGACAUCAAUACCCGCCAAUUCCUCUACACUGUCGCCUGGUUCCUUGAGGCAGAGCGCGCGCGGCGGGCCCGCCAACGCAAGAAGCACUCCGAGAGCGGGAAAUCUUCGAAGGGAUUGGAGCCAGAUAGCUUUGGGCUUGUGGCAGGUGUCCUGAACCAAGAGACUUUUGUCUUCUUGAACCGGGCCAUGCAGUACGCUUUGGAUCACAAGGACUGGCAAGACCUCAUUGCCGGAAUGCGCUGUUUUACCCAAAUCUUGCUGACCGUGCAAGAUAUGGCCCAGUCACCACUUGAAGAGGACCAAGAGAUCGCUGAAAACAUCCAAAACCGAAUCUUCUACGAGGAAACCACCCAUGAUCGCGUUCUCGCCAUCAUUCGCGGAUACACUGACCAGGGGUUUGGCUAUUUGGAUGCAUGCACGGAGCUUACCCAUGUCUUCUUGCGUAUGCUCGAGCGUUACUCCAAAGAAAAUGCCGAUAUGCAAGUGCGAUCCCGGCGACGCGCCAAGCGCAAGGCCAAGGAAGCAGAAGAAGCAGAUAAUAAUGGGGGGGAUGAUGAGGAACGCGCGUCAGAAGAUGAGGAUCUUAUGGAAGCCGAAAGGGUAUCCAAAGAGCGCAAGUUUGACUUCCGAAGGUUUACUGCCAGAUUCUGCAACCAGAAGUGUGUCGACACCUUCGUUGCUUUCACUAAGCAUUACAAUGAAUUGAACACAGAGCAGUUAAAGCGAGCUCACCGUUACUUCUAUCGGAUUGCAUUCAAGCAAGAGAUGAGCGUUUUGCUGUUCCGUCUGGACAUUGUAAACCUUUUCUACCGAAUCAUCAAAGGGCCAGGCGCCUUGGAUUCAAGCAAGCCGAUCUUUAAGGAGUGGGAAGAGCUUGUUCGCCAGAUCAUCAGGCGACUGGUGAAGAGGCUCGAAGAGCGCCCUGCUUUAUUUGUGGAGUUGCUCUUCAGCAAGAUCAACUCCACCACAUACUACCUCGAAUAUGGACAUGAACGACAAACUCUACCAACCGCCAAAAGGGCCCCGGCUGAGCUUGAGAUCGAUCCUCGACAAGCAAAUACGAUGGAGGAGAAGAUCAGCAUUGUGGUGCCCGCCUUGGUCCUGGAUGGGGAGACAGAUCUGGUCAAAUGGAUUAGCGAGGUCUUAGGAUCUGCAGUCGAAGACAGAGAGGCCUGGGAAGCUCAAGAAAAAGCCCUGUGUGAAGCGGGUGGAGAGAGCUCGAAAUUACCCAACCCUAUGAUUGCUGUCAAACCACGAGAUGAUUCUAUUCAGGAAGCAAUGUUCGGCAACGCCAAGCUCCGCCUCCUGAUGACACUGUUGAAGUUUGAGCGGCUUGGAAUGACGGAUGUUUCUGGGACAUCAUGGGUCAUUACCGCAACCCCCCGGGCCCAGGAUCUCCGGGAAAUGAAAGAAUUUGUUGAUAAGUACCUUGACAAAGCCACGCGAGGGACUCUCGGGCGCGAUCCCCGCGAACUGAUUCGCCGCAAGUUCGGUCCAAAGAAGGGGAACGACAACCGCGAGAACCCCGAUAUCAACUUUGGAUCCGACUCGGAGGGCGAGGAUGAGGUACCUGAUGGGCCACUGUUUGCACCAAACCCUCGAGCACAGGCGAAUGCUUCCAAGGAGACCAAGAAGAAGAAGAAGAAGAACAAGCGCAAGGCCCGCGACGAGGAUGAUGAUGAAGAAGAUGCAGACGAAUCCGUCGACGAAGAAGCUCUGGAGGAGCGUCGCCGGGCACGCCUAGAAAAUACACGGGCUCGCCUCGCCAAGAUCAAGAGUGAUCUGUACGUCCACGCCAGUGACGAGGAGAGUGACGAAGAGGCAGACAAAGAAUUCUUCCUGCUGGAGGAGCAAAGACGGAAGGACCAAGCCCAUCGAGUGAAGAAGGCUCUGCUUACUGGAAGGACGGAGGAGGCGGACAGCGCGACAGGGAAGAAAGGACAGCGCAAGGGUCAAACCCGCCGGAGGAAUUCCCAGGCCGGUGAGACCCAGAGCAAGCGGCAACGGCGAGAGACUCAGAUCAGUGACGAUGACGAGGACGAGGACAUUCUCAUGGGAGGCGUGGAUGUAUCGUCGCCGCGGUUGUCAAGAGCUGGCACCCCCACUCGCGAUGUUGAAGACGACCUUAUCUUCGACGAUGACCUGGCAUUCAGUCGCGAUCGAGAGAAAGACCUGGGGUUUCCUGGAGCCGAACGCGAGAAAUCCAACGAACCGGGCGCGGGGGCAAGGGCAGAGGACGAGGACGAAGAUGCGCCAGUCGCUGCGGCAGGUCGCCGACGGAUGCGCGCGGGCUUCGUUGUGGACAGCGACUCGGAGUGAAGGGGUUGGGAUCUCUUCGGGCUUGAU